AUGAAUGAUCGAAGUCCCAUCAGCCAUGUAACCAUCGAUAAGAUAAAGUCUGAAACACUCGAUGACCAACAUUCCUAUCGCUUGCCGAACAAUACGAAGCCCAUCAACUACGAAGUGCAUCUCACGACAAAUAUCGACAAAGGAGACUUUGAGUUCGAUGGUCGGGUUGUCAUUACGUUGGAAGCACUUGAGGAAACGGACAACAUUACGAUCCAUUAUCGGCAAGUAACGAUCCAAGAUGUUCAAGUUAAGGACAGUUCGGGAAAAGAAGUGAAAAUUAGUGGGUUGCCGAUGUACGACGAUGUGACGGAACAUUAUGUGGUUUUUGUCGAUAAAUUGUCGAAAGGGUCGCAGUAUAAAAUGACGAUUGAUUAUAAUGCGACACUGAGAGACGAUCUUGCUGGUUUUCAUAAAUCUUCUUACAAGAAUGAGGAGGGAGAGACAGUAUGGCAAGCUGGCACCCAUUUCGAGCCUCAUAACGCUCGUCAUGGCUUCCCAUGUUACGAUGAACCCGCAUUGAGAGCUACUUUUGACAUUUCCAUCACUCAUGCGAGCACUUAUCACGCAGUUUCCAACAUGCCUGUGAAAGAAAUCAAAAAGGAAACAGAUGACAUGGUUACAACCGUUUUCGAACAAACAAUUCCAAUCCAAACCUAUUUAAUCGCUUUUGUCGUUUCUGACUUUUCUUACGUCUCCUUUAACAAAUCCGACGGCAUCCCUUACCAACUUUUCGCUAAACCCUCCGCGAUUCGUCAUGGCGAAGGAGAUUUCGGAUUAAUUGCCGGCGAACGAAUCCUCAUGAAUCAAGAGCAGUAUUUCGCUACCAAAUACGCGCUUCCCAAAAUGUCACAAAUUGCGAUGCCCGACUUUGGAGCUGGCGCCAUGGAAAAUUACGGAAUUGUCAUCUACGCCCAAAGUUUGCUGCUUUACGACGAAACUGAGGCAGAUGUCGAUCAAAAGCACGCCGUUGGUCACAUUAUCGCGCACGAAUUCGCCCAUCAGUGGUUCGGAAAUCACGUGGCGCCCAAAUGGUGGAGUUAUUUGUGGUUAAACGAGGGAUUUGCGACACUUUAUGCUGCUCAUACGAUGUCGCUCGUUUAUCCAGAGUUCAGAGAUAUUGAUUUGUUUGUGUUGAGUAAUUUGCAGCAAUCGGCGAUGAGAGCAGAUGCGACAGGAGUUUCGAGACCAAUGACGUUCUACGUGGAGAAUCAUCAAGGCAUUAGGAAUCUUUUUGAUGACAUUUCGUACUCGAAAGCUGCCUGCGUUUUACGAAUGUUCCAACAUACCUUGACCGAAGAAACCUGGCGAAAGGGCUUGAAAUAUUACUUAGAAGACAUGAAAUUCAAAGCUGCUGAUUCCGACGACUUCGCACGAAACCUCCAAAAAGCCGCCGACGAGGACAAAUUCGAACUUGUCACAAUGAAAGCAAUGGUCGACUCUUGGACCAAACAAGGCGGUUUUCCCAUCGUUUUUGUCAACAGAACCGGAAAUACUGUCACUUUAACACAGCAAAAGUACAUCCAACAAACACGUGCCAACGAUAUUUUCCUGAUUCCAAUUAGUUUCGCCACAAAAUCGCAUCCUAACUUCACCGAUACCUCACCCGUUGCCUUCAUGUUGGUCGAAAAACUUUCCUUCAAGAAUGAUACUUACCAUAAAUUCGCGGAAAAUGACUGGAUGGUCUUCAAUGUGCAAGAAACUGGCUACUACAGAGUCAAUUACGACGAAAAUUUGUGGCACCUGAUCGCGGAAAAGCUCGAUUCGGAGACUUUUGAGGACAUUCACGUGAUAAAUCGCGCUCAAAUUAUCGAUGACGUGCUAAAUUUGGCGAAAAAUGACAUGGUCAAGUACGAAAUUGUCUUCCAUGUGUUGCAAUAUCUCGAGAGGGAAGUUGAUUUCUUGCCUUGGUCUUCCGCUAACAAUGGCUUGAGUUAUUUGAACCGCAUGAUGACGGGAUCGGAUCAUUAUGGCAACUUCCAAAAGUACAUGGCGAAGCUCGUUGGACCGCUUUAUGAGACGUUGGGAAGUCAUGAUCUCGGAACGAAAGACGAUUUGAGCGAUAAAAAGGCGCGAUCCAUUGCUCUGAACUGGGCUUGUCUCAGUGGCGAGGAAAAAUGCAUCAAAGACACAAAAGCACGCGUUGAUAAAGUUUUAGAAGAUCCCGAAGUUGAAAUUGAGGCAAAUAUCCGUUCCGCUAUUUAUUGCAACGGAUUGCGACAAGCGACGCAAGAAACCUUCGAUAAUGCCCAAAAACGCUUGAAAGCCACGACAGACACGAAUUCCCGAAGAACAUUAAUAAACGGCAUGGGAUGCAUCGUCGACGCAAAGUUACAUCAACAAAACUUGCAAUUAACGUUAGACGCGGAAACUUACACAAAAGCGGAAAAAACUCGCGUUCUUCAAGCAAUUUACACAAGUGGCGGACGAGAUGGCGUCGAAGCUGUUAUUGACUUUUUCAGCGUUGAUUUUAAAGAAAUUGACGAUUUGUAUGGAGAAAACACAGUUCGCAACAAUAUUUUCUGGAUCGCGCCUUAUGUGACGUCAAAAAAUGUGUUUGGUAAAUUUGAAAAGUUGGUUGAUCAAAUGAUAGAAGAGAAAAUUUUGGCAGCUAGUGAGAAAGAGACGAUACUGGAAGAUCCGAAUGCGAAUAUGAAAUGGCUUGAAGAGAAUAAUGAGGAAAUUGGGGUGUUUUUCAAGGGAUAUUUUGGCAAUGGAGCUACGGGAUUAAUGAUUUCUUCGAGUAUUUUGGUGUUUUUGGGAGUUGUUUUGCAAAUUUUUAUGCAUUAA